AUGGCGCCGCCCGGCGGGUCUACCCGCGACGUCCUGCACGUCGCGGUCCUUCAGACGGACCCGACCGCGGGUUCCACCGCGCAGAACCUCGCCCGCGCGAGCGCGCUGGUGGACCGCCUCGUCACGGAGGCGCGAGGCACGCUCGGGCUGCUCGUCGCCCCCGAGAUCGGCUUCGGGCGGUACAUCCUGGACGCGGAGGGCGCACGCGCCGCGGCUCGAGACGAGGGCGAGAUCCUCGCGUGGGCCGCCGCCGUCGCCCGCGCGCUGGGAUGCCACGUCUGCGUCGGGCACGUGCGCUCCGACGCGCGCACGGGCGAGAUGUUCAACUCGCAGACGACGCUGAACGAACGCGGCGAGCGCGUCGUCGUGUACGACAAGACCCACCUCUACUUCGUGGACGAGAAGUGGGCGGUCGAGUCCAAGACGGGGUUCGCGCAGACGUCGCUGUCGCUCAAGGUGAUGCGAAAGACGGAGGGGAGGGGGGGCGGCGACGACGCGGCGGGGACGACGACGGGGCGCGGCGACGACGCGAAGAGAUCAAACGACGCGAAGAGAUCAAACGACGAAUCAAGCGACGCCCCCGUCGCCGCGCCCCGUCGAGCCGUCGUCGUGACCAACGCCAUAUGCAUGGACAUAAACCCGUACAGGUUCGAGGCUCCGUGGCACGCGCACGAGCUCGCGUCCGCCGCAUCCGGGUCCGACCUCAUCCUCUUCUCGUCGGCUUGGACGUCGGCGCACCCGGAUGACUCGAGCGACGCCAAGUCCGCGCCGAUCGAUCCGAAUCAGGUCCUCUCGUACUGGGUCGCGCGGCUCGAACCCUUGCUCGGCGCGCCGGCGUCUCCGGUGUUCGUGUGCGCCAACAGGGUCGGGGUGGAGGAUGAGAUUCAGUUCACGGGAUGCUCGUGCGUGAUCGACCUGAGGGGACGCGAGGGCCCGAGGGUGCUGACGGCGGCGUUGGACGGGAAGGAGUCGAUACGCACGUGCCUCGUUCCGCUGGGUCCGCUGGACGAUGACAGCGACGACGACGACGAAGAGGAGGAGGAGGAGGAGGAGGAGGAGGAGGGGGAUGGAGACGUCGGCGAGGAAACACUCGGGCACGGCGCGGGUACCCCUUAG